AUGCCAGUGAAACCGAGUAGUUGUGAGUCUGUGGUGGGCAGUAGUGUUUUGUUGUCGACGGGUGUGGUUGUUCAGAGGGCCCGGAGUGAAGUAGGCGUCAGGGACACAGGGUCGGCGCAGACGGGAGUGCUGCCAGGCGCAAAUGAGAAGUUAUGUGGUUGGCCGGAGGACACUGAGGCAGGUGUUAGUCACCAGGGUGGUGGGCUGGAGAACACCGGGGAUAGUGUUGGAAUCGAUGCAUGCGCGGAGGUUUGUGAUGAGGGCUGUGUCGGUAUUCCAUGUAAAAGUGAAAGCAUGCAGGCCUCAGUUGUAGUGUUAGAGACUGUUGCUGAGGGGCACAGUCUAAUCAUUACCAAUGCCCCAGCCAUGAUUGAAGCAGUGGCCUAUCAGUUCCCGGGGGUGUCUGUCCCCAAGGCACCUGAUAAAUGUACCUUUGUGUGUUGGUCUGAUGGAAGGCUUCCUCCUGAUAAACGUCUAAGCAAUGAAUGGGAUGUGUUUGUUGCUCGUGGCUUCGCGAGUUUCCAUUGGUCGUGGGAUGAUGGCUAUGCAUCCCAGGUUCAACUGACGGUGAACCAGGGGCAACCCAGAACUGUGUUAGGUUUUGAUCAUUCUGUGAAACCGCACUGUCCUCCAGAUGAAGAAAUCUGUGAGUUUGAUUGGGUCAUCGACUACAUCGAGACAAUGAUCUAUUACGAUGAAAAUGGCUCCGGAAAACCUAUUGUUGUCCGAAAUGGUUCUCUCUUUAAGCGGACAGGCUGUAAUCAGUUUGUUCCAAUUCAUAUCAAUGAAGACGCGAAUAAAGCCAUUUUUGCAGACGGAUCUUAUAAGUUGAUUUACGGCAUCAAUGGUAAUUAUCCGGGACCUUCAGUUGUAGUAUACGAAGGCCAACAGGUGGUUGUGAAUAUCAAGAACAAUUUACUGAUGGAGGGCAUUACUAUUCACUGGCAUGGAAUGGUGCAGUGGCACACACCCUGGAUGGACGGAGUUGGAACUGUGUCACACUGUCCUAUUAACCCGGGUGAGACAUUCCAGUAUAGGUUUUUGGCUGAUCCACCAGGAACACAUUGGUACCACUCUCACUUAGGUACAGAGCGUACUGAUGGAAUCUCAGGGGCACUUGUCGUGCUCCCUAACCCGAACAAUCCAGAGAGCACAAGCAGUGAUUUACUGGAAGUCGCAGGUGAUUUCGUCAUGAUACUGGCAGAUUGGAAGUUGGAUUCUUCUAUUGAAAUCAUAAGCGAAACGGGUUGGGGUCUGAACAGAUAUUCUAAAGGAUUCAAUGAAACGGAAUGUUACCGAAUCACCUCUGAUACGACUGGUGGGUCAGUGAGUUUGUUUCCUUUCGAAUCAGCUCUUAUUAACGGUAGAGGUAAUCACUAUCUCAACAAAGAUAACCUGGAGCAGCCGGGCAUCCCCGACCUACCGCUGGAAUCCUUCACCGUUAACCGGUACGGUUAUUACAGGUUCAGGGUCAUCAACGUCAGCAUGCUGUAUGGCUUCCGCGUUUCAGUAGACAAGCAUAAUAUCCAAUUGAUAUCUGUGGAUGGCAAUGAGGUAAUCAUGACUAGCGCCGAAUCGGUGAUGGUGUUUGGAGGUGAGAGAGUGGAUUUCAUAGUGUUGGCUUCAGAGGACAUCAACAACUACUGGAUACGUAUGGAGACCCUGGAAGCAGCCAACAAUGCAGGGCCUAUAAAUCCUAACACUGGAUUCGCUAUUUUGAGAUAUAACGGCACCCGUGAUGUUAAUCCGAGAAGUAGGAGAAACCAAUGCCGACCCAGAGAUCCCUGUCGGGUUAUCAACUGCCCUUUUGGACAGUAUCCCGAUAGCCACACUAUUGAGUGUGUUGCCGCCUCCGAUCUGCGAUCAACAGCAGAACAGUUGCAGGCCCAUCCAGUUCCUAUCGCCACGUCUGCUGAUGAGAUUCAAGAAAUAUUUCUGAACUUUCAUUUCUCUUCUACUGCAAAAAUCCCCUUUACCGCGGCAGUAAACGGCCAGGUGUUUGUUCCACCCACAUCCCCACCUCAGAUCUACCCAAAGCAGGCCAACACAACAGUCAACUGCGAUACGCUGGAUUGCACAGAUCACUGUGCAUGCACGUAUAUCGUGAAUCUGGAAAAAGAUAAAACGGUUCAAAUGAUUCUGCUCAAUAUGGAUGAUGCAUUUUUUGGUAUGCCACAUCACGUUCAUAUGCACGGUCACCAUUUUCAUGUCGUAAAGACUGGAUAUCCUGCAUACAAUGCCACUUCUGGGAGGUUUGUGAACAGAAAUAGAGACAUUCUAUGUAAUACUAAAAGUUGUAACGAUGCAACUUGGAGAAAUGAAAGUUGGAGAUUUGGAAAUGUUCCUGGACUGAAUCUUGAGGAUCCACCACAGAAGGACACGAUAGCAGUGCCGAGAAAUGGCUACGUUGUACUCAGACUGAAAGCGGACAAUCCAGGUUUUUGGUUUAUGCACUGCCACAUCGAACUCCAUCAAAUCGCAGGUAUGGCCGUCCUUCUCCAGGAGGGCGAUAUUUCAGACAUGCAACCUGUACCCGAGGGCUUCCCAACAUGUGGCAGUUUCAAAAUGACCGCAGAAGAAUUCAACCAGUAUCAAACUCCACAGGGAGCAAGAAAGCAGUAAAUUCUGAUAUGCCGUCACGGAGCAAGGGUUCUGGUUCAAAAAGUCUAUCUAGCAACUCUGCAAUCUGCAGGAUUAACAGGAUGCCUCGUACAAGCGUGAAAUAUUAAUGUUGUUGACAUGUCAUAUCAUUAAAUGUGAAAUAUUGUACAGUGCAUUAUCAAUAUAUUAAUUAGAAUAUACAUAUACACUGUAAUUUGUGAGUUACGGAUAAUCAGUAUAUAAUGAGUUAUUGUAAAGUUGACUCCUUCCUCUUAAAAUCCCGUGGGAAUCCGGGUUAAAAUAGAUCC